AGAUGAAAAUUGACAUCCAUAGUCAUAUUCUACCAAAAGAAUGGCCAGAUCUAAAAAAGAGAUUCGGCUAUGGAGGCUGGGUGCAGCUCCAACAUCACAGCAAGGGGGAAGCAAAGAUGCUGAAAGAUGGGAGGGUCUUCAGAGUGGUCCAAGAGAACUGCUGGGAUCCAGAAGUUCGUAUUAGAGAAAUGGACCAAACAGGGGUGACCGUGCAAGCUCUUUCCACAGUUCCUGUCAUGUUUAGUUACUGGGCCAAACCUCAGGACACUCUAGACCUGUGCCAGCUUUUAAACAACGACCUAGCUGCCACUGUUGCAAAGCACCCCAGGAGGUUUGUGGGUCUGGGGACAUUGCCCAUGCAGGCCCCUGAGCUGGCCGUCAAGGAAAUGGAGCGCUGUGUGAAGGAGCUGGGUUUUCCAGGGGUCCAGAUUGGCUCCCACAUCAAUGAAUGGGACCUGAACGCGCAGGAACUCUUCCCCAUCUAUGCAGUGGCUGAAAAGUUGAACUGUUCCCUAUUUGUCCACCCCUGGGACAUGCAGAUGGAUGGACGAAUGGCCAAAUACUGGCUCCCUUGGCUUGUAGGAAUGCCAGCAGAGACCACCACAGCCAUUUGCUCCAUGAUCAUGGGAGGAGUGUUCGAGAAAUUUCCUAAACUGAAAGUGUGUUUUGCACAUGGAGGUGGUGCCUUCCCUUUCACAGUAGGAAGAAUUUCCCAUGGAUUCAACAUGCGCCCAGAUCUGUGUGCCCAGGACAAUCCGACCAACCCAAAGAAAUACCUUGGUUCCUUUUACACAGACUCCUUGGUUCAUGAUCCUCUGGCACUUAAACUGUUAACAGAUGUCAUAGGAAAGGAUAAAGUCAUUUUGGGAACUGAUUACCCCUUUCCACUAGGGGAGCUGGAACCUGGAAAAUUAAUAGAGUCCAUAGAAGAAUUUGAUGCAGAAACAAAGGAUAGACUCAAAGCUGGCAAUGCCCUAGCAUUUUUGGGUCUUGAGAGAAAACAAUUUGAAUGA